AUGUUUUCCUCCUCCUCACAUGCACCCCCUCAAAUAUUUUCGAUUCCAUCGGGAUAUUCAGAUGACCGUUCUAACAGUUGUGCCUCAGAUGAAAAUCCUGCCCCUAUUGUCUCGCGUCCCGCCUCGGAAAGCUUCCAAAUCUCACUGGAUCCUUCUCAACCAAUUGAAGCUAUUCCUCAUCCUCGACACCCUUUCAAACAUAACUUGCAUACUCUGAUGCGUGUAAGACAACGGGCACUUUUAGCUCGUAUGCUCGAGACCCUAGCCAUCGAUGUGUGUUGGGUUCCAGAAACUCGCAUUCAAGACUCCGGCUCCGCCAUCCGAUUGACGUCCCCAUCAAGUCCAUCUGCGAAGUUUCACAUACGCAUUUUUGAGGCUGGCGCUUUUGCUCUUUUUUUUUUACUUUACUGCGGCUGGCUCCUUGGAAAGGAUAAGCCGGCUCCAGAUAUGAUCGUGAUCAUGGAGUUCCUUGGGAGUUUGCCCGUUCCUGAUUCGAGUACUCGCUCAAUUGAAGACUCCGUGAGAACAUUGUUUGAUCAGUUCGCGGCUCUCAAUCUUACUCUGUCCGAUAUCGCUCGGUUGCAUUUGUUGUUUAUUCAAUUCUCGACCCGGUUCGAUGAUUGGCAGUCCGGUGCUCUUGACCCGAACUAUUUUCUUCAAAAGUUGUCCCAGUUGGAAAGACAACUGUCUGAUUUCGUCGGUCACGACCUUCCUGUCACUUGGACAUUUUCUUGGGACAGUUGUAAAAAGCGAUACUUUUAUACGGAUCUCGCAACUGGUCGUACGCAGUGGGAGGCACCAAAAGUACGUUCGACUGGAUCGGAAGCAAAGGAUAGGGAUGACCAAACUGAGGAGUUUAAUAAACCAGCAAAGACGGUUCGAUCAAUCAAUAAUCCCAUGGUCCCUAACUCCCCCUCGCCAACAUUCAAAAUUCGAGGCAAUGUUCUCACUAGUGAAGAUGAAACUAUUCCUGUUAAGUCCACCCCAGAUCCCUUGGCUUCACAGUCGACCAAUGAACUUGUUGCACCCCCAGCAGCAGACACAGAGUUCGUUCGGGAUUCCAAACAGAUUGACCGAACCGAGCAUUUAAAAGCUCAGUUACGUGAAUUCGAGGAAGUUUGUCGUGCAUUUGAAGAUCUGGACGCCUCUGUGCCUGCGAGUGUGAUUGAAACCAACGAACCCCAAUCGACCUCAGUGUCCUAUGAGUUUUCAUCGUCUGACCUCACGAAAUUCGCGAGAUCGAAAUCGCGUGAGAAGCGUACCAAGAUAUAUUUAAUGAGUCCCACAUUCGGUGGCAAAACAAUUCCACGGGUCAAUGUGAUCCAGUUGUUCAACACGAAGUUGCGUUUGCACACUUCCUCAAUAAGUAUUGAUCUGGAUACAUGGAUCAACAUUUAG